CGUCAAGUCAAAGUCAACGUCGUCGAAAACAGACGCAAAAAAAGGAAAAGAUAUUUAUCAUAAUUUUCUAGAAAUUAAGUUAAUAAUAGGCUCUCCAUACCCCGCAACAACAAAAUUCGGAGAAAUGCGAGCGUGGAAUCUAAAACAAUGUUAUUACAUAGUGAUAGUUAUGGUAUUUUAUGUGUUCUACCAACCUGCAGAUAGUAGCGGGGCGGUACCUUUGACCAGUGAAAAUAUUGAUAUGACAUUAGCCUCCAAUGAAUUGGUGUUCUUAAACUUUUAUGCCGAAUGGUGUAGAUUUAGUAAUUUAUUAGCGCCAAUUUUUAAUGAAGCUGCUGAUAAGGUAAGAGAAGCCUUUCCUGAUGCUGGCCGUGUGGUGCUGGGCAAAGUUGAUUGUGAUAAGGAGACCUCCAUUGCUUCAAGAUUCCACAUAACCAAAUAUCCAACUCUGAAAAUAGUGCGCAAUGGUCAAUUGAGCAAACGCGAAUAUCGAGGGCAACGCUCGGCCGAAGCUUUCUUAGAAUUCGUUAAAAAGCAGCUAGAAGAUCCCAUCAAGGAAUUUAGCUCUUUGAAAGAUUUAGAAACUUUGGAUUCUAAGAAACGCAUAAUCAUAGGCUACUUUGAUCGUCGGGAUCAACCGGAAUAUGAUACCUUCCGCAAAGUGGCUUCGAAUCUCAAAGAUGAAUGUCAAUUUCAUGUGGGCUUUGGUGAUGCCGCCCAAGCCAUGCAUCCUCCAGGUGAUGAAAAUAAACAUUUAGGUAAUGCCUUAUAUAACUUAACUUUAGGCCAUCCGAUUAUUGUAUUCCGACCUGAUGUGGCGCUGAGUCAUGAAAAUGACGAAACCUUUACGGGAAGUCUUAAGAAUUUCGAUGAAUUGAAAAUCUGGAUUCAAGAGAAAUGUGUGCCCUUGGUGCGUGAGAUAACAUUUGAAAAUGCCGAGGAAUUGACCGAAGAAGGUUUACCCUUCUUGAUACUUUUCCAUCAUCCGGAUGAUACUAAUUCCAUAAAGGAUUAUAAGGCCAUCAUAGAGCAGCAAUUGAUGGAUGAAAAACAGAAUGUUAAUUUCUUAACGGCUGAUGGCAAACGAUUUGCUCAUCCUUUACAUCAUUUGGGCAAAUCAGAAGAUGAUUUACCCAUUAUAGCCAUAGAUUCAUUUAGGCAUAUGUAUUUGUUCCCCAAAUUUAAGGAUAUGUAUACGCCAGGCAAAUUGAAGCAAUUUUUGCAGGAUUUAUACAAUGGCAAAUUGCAUCGUGAAUAUCACUAUGGCCCAGAUCCUGUUACAAACGAAAUACAAAUCGAUGUGGCCUCAAAUACCGCUCCCCCAGAAUCAACGUUUAAGAAAUUAGGACCUUCCAAAAAUCGCUACACUUUGUUAACAAAAGAUGAACUGUAAAGGAAAUUUCUGUUAACUUUCAAAAACUCUUCCUUUCCUUCUGAGUCGACCACCACAAAAUUAUUCAAUUUUAGAUUUAAAGUUUAAUUUAUAUGUGGUUGGGUGGCUAACGAAGUUAUUCCAGUUUUCUUUCUUUAAAUUCCUUUAGCUAUAUGGUAAAAAAAACCAACAAUGUCCUACUUAUGUAUAUUUAUUUUCCCAUGCUAGAAAAGUUUUCAUUUCCUCCUCUUCUACUAAACCAAAAUAAUUUUCAUUUUCUUUGUUUUGUCCUUUAGAAAGUUUAACCUGUUUGUUUUUUUCCCUUCUCUUUUAUUGAUUUAAGCAAUAAUUGUGAUUUUUUGCCUUCUUAAGUGUGUGUGUGUGUUUAUUUGUUUAUAUUGAUACACUGAAAAAAGAAGCUACUUCUUGCUGAAUCUUGGUAAUACAUUUUUUGACCUAUGCUUAGUGGUAGAAAAAAUUCGCCUAACAACUUCUAGGUUUUAUUUAAACAAAAUCUAUGAAAUCUAAUUUAGGCUACGUAUAACUAAACAAGCAGUCCUCUCAACUUUUUUAUACAUAUAAAUCUAAAGUUCUUCUUUUAGUAGGCUACUUAUCUCUCCUACCUAUUUCCCUCUCCUUUGUUACAUUUUGUUUGUUCACAAUUGUAAUUACAAAAGAAAGCAACAUUAAAGAAUCGGUAUUCAGUUUGCUUCCCUGGCAUUUAAUUAA